AUGAGGAGGAGGAGGAGGAGAGGAAGCAGGAGGAGGAGGAGGAAGAGGAGGAGGCGGAGGCGGCUGCGGCGGCGGCGGAGGAGGAGGCGGAGGAGGAGGAAGAGAAGCAGGAGGAGGAGGAGGAGGGGGCCCGCAGUGGACAAAAUCAGGACGUCGCAUGUCUGGGAGCGAGUGGCCUCAAUCUGUGGAGCUUCCCCUUGGGAUCCCAUCCGCAUCUUCGGGGCCCCGUCCCCCAGGUCCUCCGGGGAGGAGGAGGAAGAGGAUGAGAGUGAGGAGGAGAAGGAGGAUGAGGAGGAGGAGGAGGAGGAGGAGAAAGAGGAUAGGAGUGAGGAGGAGGAGGAGGAGGAGGGAGGAGGAGGAAGACGGAGGCGAAGGACGAGGAGGAGGGUGAGGAGUGAGGAGGGAGGAGGAGGUGGAGGACUGAGGAGGAGGGAAGGAGGAGGAGGAGGAGGAGGAGGAGGAGAAGGGAGGAAGAUCGAUCCCCAGCACCGCCGAGAGGAGCUCGACACGGACGCGCUUGUGAAGUACUUGGGGGCCGUGGUGCUGCAGCUCUCGUUGGUCGCGGCGUUCUUCGCGGCGCUGGACCUUGCCCUCGGGCCCGCGGCGGUGGCCUCGGUCCCGGACUGGGCCGCCUUCCUGCUGUUCUACGGCAUGGCGCUGCGCUCGCGCAUCUUCUCUCCGCUGGACAACUCCCGGCCCGACGCCGCGAAGGCGGCGCAGGGCGAGACCUCGCGCGGCUUCAACGACCGCGUGAUGCCGAGCUGGACCCCCCCCGGGGUGUUCUUCCCCAUCAUGUGGGUCCUGAUCAUCGGCCCACUGCGGGCGGCGUCCUCGGUGCUCGUCUGGCAGCAGGUUGGGCACCUCUGCGACGCCACCAUCCUGGCCCUGAUGCUGCACCUCUGCGUCGGAGACACCUGGAACACAAUCAACAACGUGGAGAGGAGGCUCGGCGCCGCUGUGCCCGGGGUGUUCUGCACCUGGCUCUCCGCGGUGUUCGCCGCCUACUCGUACUACCAGGUCGUCCCGCUCGCCGGCCAGCUCUCGUCCCAAUGUGUCUGUGGAUCGCCGUGGCCGGCGCCCUCAUCGCGGACACCUGGAGACUGA